AUGUUGCUCACUUUAGCAACAGGUAAGUCCAUAAGCUGGGGUAAAGCGUCGCAUAUUGGGGCACAGCCAGUUCAGAGGAUUUAAAUUCAAGGAAUCUUCAAGAAUUAUUUGGGACAAUGCUAGCAUCAUCUUGGGGCCAGGAAUGCUCUGUAAAUAGAGCUGGAAUUAGGAAUUGGUGGGAUUAAGAGGUUAGUAUUGUCGGUGGGAAUGAAUGAAUGGUUUUAUAAACCAAUCAAGUACCAAUGUAUUACAUUUUCUGUAGGCUCCCAAGCAAAACUGGGUUAACCAAUCAAAAAGUGACAAAUGCUAAAACUGAGUGCUUGCAGCACUUAAUGCAAUUUGUAUGAAUUAAUAGUAUUUCUAGAGCCAGUGUGGUGUAGUGGUUAAGAGCGGUAGUCUCGUAAUCUGGGGAACCGGGUUCGCUUCCCCACUCCUCCACAUGCAGCUGCUGGGUGACCUUGGGCCAGUCACACUGCUCUGAAGUCUCUCAGCCUCACUCACCUCACAGAGUGUUUGUUGUGGGGGAGGAAGGGAAAGGAGAAUGUUAGCCGCUUUGAGACUCCUUCAGGUAGUGAUAAAGUGGAAUAUCAAAUCCAAACUCCUCCUCCUCCUCCUCCUCCUCUCUUCUUCUUCUUCUUCUUCUUCUUCUUCUUCUUCUUCUUCUUCUUCUUCUUCUUCUUCUUCUUCUUCUUCUUCCUAUUCCUGGUUUGGGAUCCCAACAUUAGAUAGAAGAGCAUUGCUCAAUCAGACCAAAGGACCCAAUAAUCGGUUGCCAACGAAAUCACUUGUGGGGGACAUUUGGCCUUCUGGAUGUUGCCAAAGUACAACUAUCAGCUCCAUCAAGCAUGGCCAGUGGACGGGAGUUGUACUGCAACAUUUUGGGGGCCAAAGGUUCACCACACCUGAGCUGGGGGCUUCCAGGUUGCACAGAAACAAAAACAGCACACGUAUUGUUGCACUUCUCCUGCUUACCCAAACAGGAUGUGCAGGGGUGCAACUCUCUUUUUUUUUUUUUUAGCGCUUAGAUUUAAACUUUAUUCUCAUUGUGAUCCAAAUCAUAAUUCAAACUUUUCAAUAAAACAGUCGUUAAAAGCCGAGAACUCUUAACACAUGAAUACGCUUACCCAGAUUUAAUUAGGAAGCGCAUCCUUGCAGACUUAUGAGUGUCUCGUAAUAUCUUGAGUUUAAUUACAUAUAUUCAGGUUCACCCUAAUUGGUGGCACAGCUUAAACAUUCCUGCCAAACCACCCCACUAAAACUCAGGAAAUCUCUUCUGCCCCAAAUGUUCUCCCAGGGUUACCCAACCUAAAGCACUCUCUUUUUUCAGGAUCACACACACACAAAAUCUCACACAGAAGCACCAAAAACUAUCCGUUUACAUACUUGCUUGCACCAAAGUCAUGUACCAUGUGCAUAGAUACAUCCCUCCAUUUUCUCCAAGCCUCUCCAUGUACAAAUGCUCUCCCAGGAUUACCCAAACGGAAAUGCACUCCCAGGAUCCCCACACCCCAAAUCUCAAUUUUGCAACCUGAAUACAUGCUCUGAGAAUUCUGUGGAAAUGAAAAUGGCAGCUGCCAGCCUUUUGCUUCGCAGCAUUCACAGCCACCCUUGUGAAAAUGCGGAGACCAAUAUACACAAACAUACACACAGUGCUUUUUCUCUUAAAAUAAUGUUUAGGGGUACAGUAUUCUCAUGGGAUGUGGGUGGCGCUGUGGGUUAAACCACAGAGCCUAGGGCUUGCCGAUCAGAAGGUCGGCGGUUCGAAUUCCUGCAACGGGGUGAGCUCCCAAUGUUCGGUCCCUGCUCCUGCCAACCUAGCAGUUCGAAAGCACGUCAAAGUGCAAGUAGAUAAAUAGGUACUGCUCUGGUGGGCAGGUAAAUGGUGUUUCCUUGAGCUGCUCUGGAUCGCCAGAAGCGGCUUAGUCAUGCUGGCCACAUGACCUGGAAGCUGUAUGCUGGCUCCCUCGGCCAAUAAAGCGAGAUGAGCUCCUGCAACCCUAGAGUCAUCUGCGACUGGACCUAACGGUCAGGGGUCCCUUUAACUUUACUCUCAUUUUGACUCAGGAAAAUCACCAUUUUAUAGUUCAAAUUGUGGAAAAUAAAUAGAGUAAAUGGACAAAAGUACAAAGACUUACAAAAUAUUUAGGGGUGUGCAUAACUCUGCGUAUCCCCCAGAAAAAUGCACUGUGUGUGUGUGUGAUCUCAAAAGGGGCAGGGGAACAUUGGUCUCAGAGCCAAGAUGGAGUACAGUUUAGAGCAGGGGUAGGCAACCUAAGGCUCAGGGGCCGGAUACGGCCCAAUUGCCUUCUCAAUCCGGCCUGCGGGCGGUCUGGGAAUCAGCGUGUUUUUACAUGAGUAGAAUGUGUCCUUUUAUUUAAAAUUCACCUCUGGGUUAUUUGUGGGGCACAGGAAUUCAUUCAUAUUUUCCUCCCAAAAUAUAGUUCAGCCCACCACAUGGUCUGAGGGACGGUGGACCGGCCCAUGGCUGAAAAAGGUUGCUGACCUCUGGUUUUGCGUGUCAGAAAAGUACCUAAUCCCCACUCACCAAUGGAACUUCAUGGGUAACCUUGGGCCAGUCACUGUCUCUUAGCCCAAACAACCUCACAGUGUGGUGGUGAGGAUAAAAUGGGGAGGGGGAAAAGCCAUAAAUACCACCUUGAGCUCCUUGGAUGAAAGGUGGGGCGGGGAAACCAAAAGUUGCGUACUGUGGCUAGAAUUCCAUGAGAUUCUUCCAAAUCAGCUGCUGGCCCCUCAGACCCCUUGAUCUACUUCUCAAGCUAGGCUGGCAUUUUGUUUUGUUUAGCCCCAUGUCCUUGCUGGUGUCGCUCAGUUGCAGGACUCAGAUGCCAUUCCUGUCGAAGGGUUAAUGGAGAUAACGUUUGUGCCGUUCCGCAGAGACAAUGCCAAACAGACGGAUUCUGUUACACUCGAAGAUUGUUCAGAGGUAAUGCCUCUAAUCUUACAGAAUCAUAAAGCUGGAAGGGACCCAAAGGUCAUUUAGUCCAACUCUCUGCAAUGCAGGAAUACAUAGCUGCCUCAUACGGGGAUCAAACUCGCAACCUUGGCAUUAUCAGCACCAUGAUCUAACCAACUGAGCUACUGUCUCUUGUUGGGUCUUCCGUAGAUGUAACAGGAGGAGAGAGAUCUAAAAAUUGCAUACUUACGUGGCGUUGGUAAGGGGUCGGUAGCUAUAGCUAUAUUGGCGGAGAUCAUGGUCAUUUCACAAUAUAGUACAGUGGUACCUUGGGUUAAGUACUUAAAUCGUUCCGGAGGUCUUUUCUUAACCUGAAACUGUUCUUAACCUGAAGCACCACUUUAGCUAAUGGGGCCUCCUGCUGCUGCCGCACCGCUGGAGCACGAUUUCUGUUCUCAUCCUGAAGCAAAGUUCUUAACCUGAAGCACUAUUUCUGGGUUAGCAGAGUCUGUAACCAGAAGCGUAUGUAACCUGAAGCGUAUGUAACCCAAGGUACCACUGUACUUUAUAUGCCAGGUAAACUGAUAAAACUGCCCUUAAUGACAACAGUGGCAGUACAGUGCACUGGCAACAGGCUUCAUCCUUACCUGGUGGUAUUGCGAUCCAAUUUUAAAAUGUUGGAGUAAAGUGUCGAACAAUGUGAGGUGGAUAACCCAUGCACAAUUUCCCAGUGAAACCUCAGCUCCAUCUGUUAUCUACCCUAGAUAAAUCCACAAGCAAUGUAAAUAUACUUGGAGUCGAGUGUGAAUUUCAUGCUCUAUAUUCAGCUUUUAGUAGCAAAGAAUGAAACUUUCCCCAAAACGUCUGCUAUAUAUACAUUAUUUACACAAUGAGCUCCACGUGAUGGCUAAUUCUGGGUUGCUCCUGUAGGCCAAUCAGGUUGCGGAUUCACUUCCUCCAGAAGUCUGAUUAGCUGCUCCUGCAGGCCAAUCAGGUCACUGAUUCACUUCCACCUGGAGCUGGAUUGGGUGGCUCCUGCGGACCAAUCAGACCGCUGCCUUCUGGAUCCUAUUGUUCUAGGAUUCAGCUCAGUACAUAACAAAUCUUUUGCUGGAUCCUCAAUGCUGCUAACAAAAUUCUGGAAAAUGAUACAUUAACUUGAGGUGAAUUAAGGUUGCCUGAUACCCACAAAGUUGUUGAGGCCUCCACUGCUUUUUCCAUUGCAUUGCCAUAUACCUGGAUUUUCCCAGACGUUUUGCAGAUUCUGCAAAAUUCACCCCAAAGCCAUUUUUACACCUGAAAACCAGGACAUGUCAGGCUUUUUCCUGACGUAUGGCGGGUCUAGGUGAAUAGUGCCAGAAAUCUUGAUAUGUGAUGUUAGUAUCCAGCUAUUUAGCUUGGUUAAAUGCUUGCAAGCAGACAGGACGCUUUGAUCAUUCACUAAAAAAAUUGGGGGAGGAAAUGGUGGUUUUGUUGUUGGAAUACUAAACAUUCUCUGGAAGGUUCACACAAUGAACUGUUAUUGGUGGUUGUUCUUUUUGCUUAGAUUGUUAUUUUGUAUUUAUGGCAUUUAUGUGCUGUUGAUCAUUCACAUUUCUGAACAGUGUAUAUAAAGACAAUCCACAGAAAACGGGGGCAACAAAAUAAUUUAUCACAAUUUAUCAUUUAUCCUGCCCUUCUUCACAAAGCACCCACAGGUGGCGAGCAAUAAAACAAUACAAACAAAACAAAUAAAAACAAAAACAAAUUGACAACAACCAAAUGUUUUCACAACUAAUAGUUUCAAGGUUGCCAGAAAUAAGUACCUAAUUCUUGGCAACAGGAACAGCAAUGUUUUAAAAUUCCCCCUAAACAUUUGCAACAAGUUGGGCAGAUAUACAUCAACAUGAAUAUAAGCUUCUUCUUUUUUUGACAUGAUGGUUUACCAGAACAUUUUUGGCGGGGGGAGGGUAUGGCAUCCUGUUAAUGUGUGUAUUUUCCCACAGUAUUUUCCCACAAUAUUUUCUAAUAUGUUUUUGUGAAGUUUGGCAUUUGUAUUAUCUCAUUUUUUAAAAGUUGAAAGAGCAGGAGGGAAUGUUAGUAGCUGGAUUUUACACAUGGGUAGAUUAGACAGUGUUUGAGAACAGAGUAGUUUAGCAAUCAAUCCCUCUUCCCAGGGAACUCUGGAAAUUGUAGUUCUAUGUGGGGAAUAAAGUCUAGUUGCACCCUUAACAAACAACCAUUCCCAGAAUUCUUUGGGGUGAGCCCUGAUUAUGUAAAUGGCAUCAUAGUGCUUUAAGUGUACGACGGGAACAUAGCAAACACUGAGCUUAAUGCCUGACUCCAUACAAGGCAGCUUUUAAUAAUAAUAAUAAUAAUAAUAAUAAUAAUAAUAAUAAUAAUUUAUUUAUACCCUGCCCAUCUGGCUGGGUUUCCCCAGCCACUCUGGGCAGCUUCCAACAAAACACUAAAAUACAAUAACCUAUUAAACAUUAAAAGCUUCCCUAAACAGGGCUCCCUUCAGAUGUCUUCUGAAAGUUUGGUAGUUAUUUUUCUCUUUGACAUCUGGUGGGAGGGCGUUCCACAGGGCGGGUGCCACUACCGAGAAGGCCCUCUGCCUGGUUCCCGGUAACUUGGCUUCUCGCAGUGAGGGAACUGCCAGAAGGCCCUCGGCGCUGGACCUCUGUGUUGGACUUCAGUUCUGGAGAGACACAGCUCCUUCCACCCCAUCCCAGCCAGUGCGAAAUCAUUUAAAAUAUCAACUUGCCCUUAGCUUCCUUUUCCCAACCCUGUCUUUGGAUGUGAAGGCCAGACAAAUUGGUUUGUUGGGACACAUCAGUUUUGCCUUCAGGUGCUGCAGUACAGAAAUAAACAUAGAUGGGUGAACUCCACCUGUCAGCAUUUGUUAUGGGCAGAGGUCUGGGAAAUGGAAUAACCCAGAACAGAAGGAACUUCCUUCACACCAGUCCUCUAUAAUGAAUAAUCUCUCUUAUUUUAUUUGCAGGAGGAGCCAUUAAGAGAGUUUACCGAGGUUGCAGCAAAAUCUGCAGACAGCUCGUAAAUAUCGAAAAGAGCACGAAAGUCAGUAACUUUUGCUGUGAAGAGGAUUUAUGUAAUGUUCAUAAUGUUUGGGUUUAAAAAUGGCUAAGCACAUCCUGAGUUGGGGUGGAGCUGCUCCACUCCGACCAGCUUUCCACAGCAAAAGACCCAUCCAUAUACUGGAGCACAUUUCCAAGGCAUUGCUGUGCUGAUUUUUCGUUUUAAGAAAUGGGAAUAUUGCCUGCUCUGUGUCCACACAACAAUGAAUAUUGUGCAACAUCCCCUGUAUUGGUUGCAUUCUUCCUUGCAAUGUAUCCCCAAGGAUGUGUAGAGUGGGAGGUGCAUGAAAAGUGGGGUGUGGUUUUCUCUUUAACUCACCUGUGCUCUUCCGGGGGACAGCUUUUUCUUGGGUACAUGCAGGCACACCUAUGCAUGAUGCUUACCCAAGAAAGAAUGUAACUAUCUGUAAUGAUCUCAGACAGGCAAGCAAGCCUUGAUAAGAAUUAACAACUCUCUUGCAAUUUUAUGGUACGUUUAUUUUUAAAUUACAUCCAGAGCUCGGCUUCCAGACUGCUGCUCUUUGAAACGAGUUGGUCACUCUGAGUCUCCGCCCCAUCAAAGCAAGAAGGACUCCAAAGUCCAGCCCUUCCUUCUUUGCACUUCUGUUGCACUUUAACCCUUUCAGCUCUCUGGGUUCGGGGAGAAGGAGGGUAUAAUUCCCAAUUCUCGAAAGAAAAACUCUCAGCAUGCUGUUUCUCUGCUGGUUGCAUAGCAACCCUCUCACUGCCACCUAUAUCUCCCCUCCCCCCUCUUGUGAGCUGUCUGUGUCUGCUGCUCUAGCUGAUUCAGGGAACUCUUGGUGAAGGGAGGCUGAGCCCACCCCAUCCUGCUCUGUCUGCAAUCUUUCGUCUCCAGAGUCAGACUCUGUCUCUCUUAGUACUGGCAAUCCUUCACCUCCUGUGUCUGACUCUUCCCAGGUGUUCAAUUCAGCCUUGUCCCUGACACUGUCUCACUAUCUAAUUGUCAGAUUGAGACUUUGCAUUCAUAUAUGUAAAUUUGACUAAAAAUCAUCUGCGUUUACAUGCAUGCACAGACACAUACAUAUAAUAAAAGUUAUGUCAUAGCGGAAAAUACUGAAAUAUAGAGGUCUUCCCUUUCAACUGAUUCAUAAUAUUGAAUAAUACUAUGCAUAAUCUCACCGGCAUUUGUGCGUGUGACAAUUACUUAUUUUUUAUUAUUAAGUCACUUUUAAAAUAUAAGAGGCAACAAGUGUGUAUCUUGUUACUAAAUGAUAUGAACUGUUCAUACAAGAUAAAGAGUGGUGCCGCAUGGCUUGCAUCACUGAAAUAGGGAAAAAAGGCAAUAUCUUCACCUGUAGCCCCUAUCACUCCCCCCCCAAAAAAUCUGCUCCAGAUUGGGGAGUGCCAGAUCUACAAGUUUUUCCAUAGAAGGCAAAAACCUGCAUUGCAGUGCUCUUCUCCUGCGCUGUGAACACCAAGCGGCUAGAUUCUAUUAUUGAUUGAUUUGAAUAUUUAUAACUCCUACUUUCAUAAAACACAUCAAGGCAGGCUCUUUGUCCUCCUCCCCACCCCAACCCCCCUCCCACAUCCAAGCCAUAGCUGUCAACUUUCAGAUUUGAAAAUAAGGGAUCAGCAGCCUCGAAAAUAAGGGAUCAGCAGCCUCACCUGUCCUGGGGACAGUCUACGGGAUAUCUAACAAUCCAGGAUAGCAGCAGGAAGCAGCGAGAAACGGCACUGGACUAAGGGAAUUUCUCGCAAAAAAUGGGAAGGUUGACAGCUAUGAUCCAAGCAGCAGCAACAAACUGGGCCAUCACCACCUUGCUGCCAUGCCCCCAACUCCGUGGUGUGGGCUCACCGGGGGUGGGGGCGUGCUGGGGGUGGGGCAUGCUACCAGGAGGCACACUCACCCACUGUAGCCCGCCGCUCCCACCCCUUGGUCAGGCAUGACCAGGAGGGGGCAUGGAGCUGCAAGACCUAGAAUCAGAGAUGGACAACACCACCUUUCUGAGACUUGCGUCUCUGCGUCAGGCUUGACCCGGAAGUGGAACUAAUGUGGCAGGGCAUGAGGAAGCUGCCUCGGAGAGCCAAUGUGGUGUAGUGGUUAAGAGCAGUGGACUCGUAAUCUGGGGAACCGGGUUCGCAUCUCCGCUCCUCCACAUGCAGCUGCUGGGUGACCUUGGGCUAGUCCCACUUCUCUGAAGUCUCUCAGCCCCACUCACCUCACAAAGUGUUUGUUGUGGGGGAGGAAGGGAACAGAGAAUGUUAGCCACUUUGAGACUCCUUUGGGUAGUGAUAAAGCGGGAUAUCAAAUCCAUACUCUUCUCAUGUGCCACAGCCUGGCUCCAAUGAGGGGGCCUGUCAUGUAGGCGGCGCCUGGUCGUGCUGCCUCCCAAAAAUGCACCAAAAUAGAGGAUGACUGGGUUCUGAAUCCUCUAUUUGGAACAGUGGGAGAGGUGAUGAGGGAGGAUGUUGGAGGGAGGGCAAAUUGGAAGAAAUUAGUCUCCCUUGAGUUAGCAGAGGGGCUAACCCAGGAUACAGCAUAGGAAGCUGCCUCUUAGCAAUUCAGCUCAUUGGUCCAUCUAGCACUUUACUGCACACACUGACUGGCAGCAGCAUGCCAAGGUUUCGGGGGGGGGGGAAUUCCCAGAUCAACCUGGAGAUGCUGGUUUUGAACCUGGGACCAUCUGCAUGCAAAGUGAAUGCUCUGUCAUCAAGGCUAAUUUCCCCGGUUUGGGGGGAGGGCCAGGCAACUGGUUGGAGAAGGCUAUAACGCAGGUGUGGGGAACGUUUUCCAGCCUGAGGGCUACAUCCCUUCUGGGCAAUCUUUCAAGGGCUGGGUGGGUGGGUGGGCCAGAGUCAAACCGGAAGAGAGCAAUGCUUUUGAGCAGUAGACUAGCAGCCCCCCCCGCCAGUUCUCCAUUCAGACAAGAAAGAGGCAAUGCACUGCACAAUUCCCCCCCUCAAAAGUCAUGUCUCUGAGAUAAAAGUAGCAAUCUUUAUUUGAUAUCAAGGUGCUGAACAUGAAUAUGACAAUGGAAACGCAAAAUUGGUGGCUGUUUCUUAAAGAUCCAUAAUAGUUUAUUAAUCGAGGAAGAUGUACCUGCAACAUGUGCUGGUCAAAUCCAGCUUCUGUGUCCAAUGCUGCAUUGCUUGUAUAGCUGCUCAGGAUCUUGACCACUUUGCCAUUGGGUGCACCUCUUCAGGGAUCAUAGAAUCUUAAGAGUUGGAAGGGACCCAAGGAUCAUCUAGUCCACCCCCGUGCAAUGCAGGAAUAUGCAGCUGUCCCAUAUGGGAUUUGAACCUGUAGCCUUGGCGUCAUCCUCACCAUGCUCUUAACCAAACAAGCUACCCAGGCUUCCCUGGCGAGUGUCCGACAGUAGUUGGCCAACAUGAAACUGGGCCACUUUCAGGAACAAUUGCCGACGUUAGAAGAAUGGAGAAUGAAAUUGAUGGAGUAUGCAGAACUGGAUAAACUAACAGGGAAGAUCAGAUAUCUACGAGACCAAAAGUUCAUCGAAGACUGGGGAAAAUUUUCUGAUUAUUUGAAAUGUAUAUGUGAUGAGCAAAUAACGCUAGUGGGAUUUCAAGAAGUUCUGUGAAUGUUUGAGGAAUAUUGUUACGGAAAAAUUAAGAGGAUGAAGGUAUAUAAAAUGCAAUAUAAAAAUUAGGAAAUGCGUAGUUAAAAAAAUUGAAAUAUGGAUGAUUGUUAGAGAGGCUGAAGGAAGUCUAAAAGAGAUAAGAUGUGAAAAUUUUGAUUGGAUAUUUUAAAUGUAUGUUGGAAAAAUUAAUAAAAAUUAUUUCAAUUGAAACUGGGCCACUUUCCCUGGCAUGGUUUCUCUGUUGCUGAAAUUUCCUGACCUGAUGAAAAGUUUCAAUGGGCUCAUGACUAACCAUACCUCAGUUGUCAGAGAAAGAGCUAUAACAGACCAAGUCCUUCCUGAAUCCUCUUGACAUACGCAUAGUCUAGGGCUGCGUACCUUUCAAGCGCCCCCCUCCGAGAAGCCUGGGAACUGUAGUUUACCCCUCUCAGAGUCACGGUUUUCAGCACCAUUAACAAACAACAGUUCCCAGGAUUCUUUGGGAGGGGGAGAUUGUGCCUUUGUUCUGCUUUAAAUGGAUCGUGCAUGGGUAGGCAAACUAAGGCCCGGGGGCCAGAUCCGGCCCAAUCGCCUUCUCAUCCGGCCCGCGGAUGGUCUGGGAAUCAGUGUGUUUUUAAAUGAGUAGAAUGUGUCCUUGUAUUUAAAAUGCACCUCUCAGUUAUUUGUGGGGCCUGCCUCAUGUUUUUUCAUGAGUAGAAUGUGUGCUUUUAUUUAAAUACUUCUCUGGGUUAUUUGUGGGGCACAGGAAUUCAUUCAUAUCCCCCCCCCAAAAAAAAUAUAGUCCGGCCAGCCACAAGGUCUGAGGGACAGUGGACCGGCCCCCUGCUGAAAAAGUUUGCUGACCCCUGGAUAGUGCCUACACAGCCUGGAAUGCUGGGCUUUUAAAAUAACCUUUUGUUGUAAAUAUUAGCCAAUGUACCAAUGGCCCAACCAGCCCACGGCAUCAUUAUUUGAUCUUUACUAGAGGUCCUCCACCCAACAGGGUCAUGGUGCACUUUGUGGCCUCAUGAAAAUGCCACCAGCUUGGGCUGCCCAUGCACUGACCUUUUCCCAGUGAGAAACUCAAUUUCAUCAAAAACCAAAUGCCCGUCGUCUGUGGAACGUUUCAAUGCACUUCCUUCCCAGCAGAAGCAUCUAAGACCCCUGUCUGGAUUUUGGUGAAACUUCAAGGAGAACAUUGCCUGCUAUUUUCCAGCAAGGACUGGGAGGUGCUUAGCAAGUGGCUUUUACUGCCACCAGGUGAGAUAUGGUUGCAUCCUUAUCCAUUCUGCUCUUUGAGUUCUGGCUCCAAGUUUUAACAGAAGUGAUGUUGCCUGAUGUCUGAUUACUUUGGAUAUAAAGGUAAAGGGACCCCUGACCAUUAGGUCCAGUCGUGACCGACUCUGGGGUUGUGGCGCUCAUCUCACUUUAUUGGCUGAGGGAGCCGGUGUACAGGUUCCAGGUCAUGUGGCCAGCAUGACUAAGCCGCUUCUAGUGAACCAGAGCAGUGCACGGAAACGCCGUUUACCUUCCCGCCGGAGCGGUACCUAUUUAUCUACUUGCACUUUGUCGUGCUUUUGAACUGCUAGGUUGGCAGGAGCAGGGACUGAGCAACGGGAGCUCAACCCGUCGCGGGGAUUCGAACCGCUGACCUUCUGAUCAGCAAGUCUUAGGCUCUGUGGUUUAACCCACAGCGCUACCCGCGCCCCACUACUUUGGAUAUAAGAAGGGGUUAAUGAGGAAGCAGGGUAUGCAAGAGAUCCUCUGCGAUAGGAUGAGCCCCGCUCCUGUGGAGAUGGAUCUCACAACCUGCCAUGGAGUUCUGCUUUCAGUAUUGACUAGAAUUCCAUGGAAUUCCAAAGGAGUAGAUGAUAUCUCUGCAGUCACUUUGGGGCCAGAGCAUUAGCCACAUAUGCAUAUGGAAGAUCCAGAGCUGUUGUUUACUAGAGAUGGGGGAGAAAUUUCCAUUAAAAGGCAAGCUCACCAAAUUUGCCCCUUCUAAAGCUAUGUGCAAACCAAAGAAAGCAAUCAUUCAAAAUUUGCACAAGUUUCUGAAUUUUGCAAUGCAAGUAAUGUGUACAAAAAUCAGAAACUGGGGUCAGGUGUGCUUAUACAUGCAUAUAUUAGUGAAAAUAACAUGCAAGAUGUAUUUGUAAGGGGAAAUCGCUUUGCCAAAAAAUGGGGGAAAUUGCAUUACAUGUGUGUAAUAGGAGAAAUUUGCACUAAAAUGUUGGUUCUUUUUCAUGACUCCCCCCCCCCACGAAAAAAUCCACAAACUAAAGUGGAAAUGUGUUAUUAAAUUGUAUGUUCUCAUUUUUUUUAUUUUUAAGAUUUCUAAACAAUUGAAAGGGUAAAAAAUAACUUUUCUGUUAGCCUGUACAAGUCAUAUCUAAGGUACUAAAUACCUUGCAUGCUUUCUAGAUCGGAUUCAUGGGUUUAUUUUCCUAUCUGAUCCUUUUAGAAUGAAGGCUCCGAUGAAUAAGAUUGUAGCUCUUGGCUUCUUGAUAAUACUCUCUUUAGCAGCAGGUAAGUCCUAAAGGCAGGGAUAUCUCCUGUAAUGGUUCUAGGGGUUGCUCGUGCGUAAGCCGGUGCUUAUCUCCCCAGCUGGGUGCAAACACCUGGCUGGGUUGCCAAAGUGAACCUUUUCUGUCCAGACAGCCACUCACCCGUGGCUGUCUCAAUCGCUGGCAGAAUCCGUCAGUGGGCGUUUCUUAAACUUCUUCCAGCAAAGAAGCUCUUUGACGCCUAGUCUCCUCCUACUCUCUCUGCGCGAAAGCCUUCUGCGCAAGGAGGGCGUGGGCAACGGAGGACCCCUACUCUCCCCGCUGGUCCCAGGCAAGGAGUCAUGGGACUGCCUCGCCGCUUCCCCCAUCUGCCCCCCUUCUCCACUGGUGCUACGCUGAUUCUCUUCCCCAGAAGAUGGGCUGCUUCUCCUGAUCCCUGGACGCUCUCUGGAAUCCCUCUGGCUUUUGCUCUCUCCCUCCGGCACUGAUGGCAGUUCCCUGACAUCCCCUCUCCCCCAGUACAGCCCAUUGAGAGGAUUUCAAUGUCUCUUUCUAUAAGCUGAUACAUGGUACCCAACUAGGUCAUAGGGUGGACACAUUGAAACCAACAGAGAAGUUAGUCAUGAUGCCUAACUUCAGUGUAUUGUUUCCCCUGGGCCUGCUCCAGAGGCAAUUUGGUUGGACACUACCCACUAUGUCUUCCAGGUCCCUUUCCAAGUUUCGGUGCUAUAUGGCCUCUCUUUAAAGCACCCUCCUCAAAUGUUUCAUAUAGCUUCAUAUGACUUAUGCUGGCUUUUCAUACUGGUUUAAGGAACAGAAAUUUAAAAUGUUCAAAAGAGUUUUAAUGUUGUUGUUUUUUAGUAUUAUAUAUGUGCAGGGACGUAGCAAGAGGGGUGCGGUGGGUGCGGUCCACCCUGGGUAUCCCCACUAAGAGUGGUGACAAAAUGGUGGGCGGCACUCACCACAGGGCCUGCAGUGCGCCCGAAUCGCGCGUUUCUCCUGGGAGUGAUGUGGUGGCUUGAGCACCCGCAGGCUCCGCGCUGCCCCAAACAGUCCACCUGUUGCCUCUCCCUCAGCUGUAGGGUGGCUGAAUGGGAGGAGGCAGGCAGACUCCUCAGAGGUGAAUGGUCCUGAAUGUGUGACGCCCCAGGCGCCCAAUCAGCUUGCUCCGCCACUGUAUAUGUGUUGACAUAGUUUGUAAGCUGUUCUGGGAAACAUUUUUGGAGGGAUCUAUACCUGUGUGUGUGAAAGAGAAUGUAUUUGUCUAUCUGCACAUAAACCCACAUGUGCACACAUACAUAUACAACCCCUUAAAUCAGCCUUUCUCAACCUGUGGGUCCCCAGAUGUCGUUGGACUACAACUCCCAUCACCCCUAGCUAGCAAGGCCAGAGCUCAGAGAUGAUGGGAGUUGUAGUCCAACAACAUCUGGGGACCCACAGGUUGAGAACCGCUGCCUUAAAUCAUUGCUGCCUACUGUGAUUAAGAAUUCCUUGAGAUACUUCCGAGCUAAACUUUAGCCUCUGUAACUUCCUGUGACCUUUACUUCAGCUAGGAUCUGUUGUGGUAAUAUUAUUCUCUUUUAUUUGGCUUGAGCUCAAAAACACCGCCACUGAUCUGACUCUGUAACUACUACACCACACUGCCUCUCUGCAAAACAAGGAGUUUUUGACAAGUGUCCCAACAUUUUUCUAAAGGGCAGAACCAUUCCCUUAACUCACAGGUGUGCAAUCCAUGCCUUUCAGGUCACAUGUGGUGCUCAGCCUUUCUCAGUAUCAGUAUCAAACUUUUUUUCGGUCACAGACCAGCAUAAGAUAAAACAUACAGAUAAACUGAACACAUAAGACUUAAAACACAUAAGGGAUAAGAAACAAACAAACCCAAGUAAUUCAAAGAUGAUUAUAUCAUACGUACUUAAAAAGAUAGAAAGGACAAACUGUUAAAAGCGACUACAGUGGUACCUCGGGUUACAUACGCUUCAGGUUACAGACUCCGCUAACCCAGAAAUAGUACCUUGGGUUAAGAACUUUGCUUCAGGAUGAGAACAGAAAUAUUGCUCCGGCGGCGCGGCAGCAGCAGGAGGCCCCAUUAGCUAAAGUGGUGCUUCAGGUUAAGAACAGUUUCAGGUUAAGAAUGGACCUCUGGAAUGAAUUAAGUACUUAACCCGAGGUACCACUGUAUUAGGGAGGGAGCGUGAAGGAGCAAAGGUCUUGCAUUUUGAGCCUAGUUUGUGGCACAAACCAUCCUUCAAUGCAUAUGCAUCAUGGCAGUGCAGAAUCUAGCAACUGAGUAUGUAACAUCUGGGUUUUCAUCUUCAAGCAGCAGGGAGGUAUAAAGUUGUUCUGUGAAACCUGGGAAUUUAUGUAGUGUAGGCAAGAUGAACCUAGCUCGUAUAUCUGUAUAGUAUUGGCAGUGAAAAAAGGCAUGCUCCGUUGUUUCCAGUUGCCCAGAGUCACAUGUGAGCCAGUGUGGUGUAGUGGUUAAGAGCGGUGGACUCGUAAUCUGGUGAACUGGGUUCGUGUCUCCGCUCCUCCACAUGCAGCUGCUGGGUGACCUUGGGCCAGUCACACUUCUUUGAAGUCUCUCAGCCCCACUCACCUCACAGAGUGUUUGUUGUGGGGGAGGAAGGGAAAGGAGAAUGUUAGCUGCUUUGAGACUCCUUUGGGUAGUGAUAAAGCGGGAUAUCAAAUCCAAACUCUUCUUCUUCUACUCUUCUACAUGGGCAUUUCCUCUCCUCAUAUGGUGUCUUCUGAAAGUGCCAACCUUUCUCUAUGUGGCCCUCUAGUACAUCUGGACAGACCUGCUGGAUGCAAGCUAGUAAGGGGGGGGGGUCCCAGGAGGUGGGAGGGAGGCAGGGUGCAAGUGGAAGCUGAUACCCACACAGGGGUGCAGACAUUUUGGGGAGUAUGUGUGUGUGUGUGUGUGUGUGAGAGAGAGAGAGAGAGAGAGAGAGAGGAUGUCACAUACCCUCCAACAUUUCUCUGCUGAAAAUAGGGACGUGCUAUUCCAUAAUAAUAUUUUUCCAAUUUAUACCCCGCUCCUCUGACUGACUUCCAACAUAUGUAAGGGCAUAAUAAAACAUUAACCAUUAAAAAACUAUACAGGGCUGUCUUCAGAUGGCUCGGGGGUUUGGAUAAAUCCAUACCCUCCAACAUUUCACUGAUGAAAAUAGGGAGGUCGUAAGGAAAAGCAGGACAUUCCGGGAUCAAAUCAGAAACCAGGAUGGCUUCUGUAAAUCUGUGUCUGUCCCUGGAAAAUAGGGACACUUGGGGGGUCUGGUGUCAUCACCUCCAUUGGGCUUUUGACCCAUCUGCUGCCAGCAUAUUCCCCUGACCAUAUUCCCCUGAGGAAAAAGUUGCCUGCCGCCAGCCUUAACUCACCACUGCUUGCUGUGGCAAGAAUUCUAUGAGAUCCUUCUGAACUCAUCCCUAGCCAUUGGCCUGUCUGACCAUUUUCUCAAGAUGGAUUGUAUUUGGUAUGUUUAUAUCUAUAUUUUUGACCUCACAUUCUUCCCCUUUCUGUUUGCUCAUACAGUUGGAGGACUUAAAUGCCACAAAUGUACCAGAGUUAGAAAAGAUAACACAUGUUCAAAACAGAAAAUCUGUGAUGUCUCUCCCAGCAGAUUCUGCUUCAUUCAAAGAAUUUCCAAAGGUGAUUCUGUGGGAAAUAAUUGUAUGGGCAAUUUACUUUUAGAGUUGUGUGAAGUAUUAAAAGAAGCAGGCUUGCGAGAACUAGUAGUUUGAAAUGCAUUCAUUCCAAAAUUCAAUUUAAUGUGAAUUAAUUUACUGCAAGCACACUAUACUAAGCACAUUUCCCCCGUCAGAUAAUUCUGGGCACUGUAGUCACCCUGAGAGAGUUACAACUCCUGGAAACCCUUAACAAACUACAUUGUCCAGCAUAGGAGCCUACUCCUACGGGCCAAGGUCCCCUUAGUCCCCCCCAAAUAAAAUAUUUGAGGGAGCUGCCCCCCCCGAGUUGAUGGGCAUUGCAAAUCAAAUGGUGUGAGUGUGCCACAUCUUGUGAUCGAUUAUGUGGGACGGAGCUUACUUGCCCCCCAUAUGUUAUUCAAGUUGGCACCCCUGUUGCCCAGAAUUCAUAUAUAUAUAUAUAUAUAUAUAUAUAUAUAUAUAUACAUAUAUAUACAUAUAUAGCAUAAAUCCCUGUCCUAGCAUUGGAAGACAGGACUAAUAGAAUUUUAAAAUUAUUUUUAAUUUUCCCCAUCUGCUUCAUGAACAUGCAUGCACAAGCAAAAUCAAGCACAGACAAACCCCACCUAUCCUCAUAUUUCAACACAGUAUGGAGGAAGCUUAUAAAACACGAGUCAUGCGUAGAAAUGAUGAGCAUGUACCAACACUCAGGGAUUCUCUGUGCAGAUCCUCUGUAAUCUCCUCUUUCCUACUUUUCAUUUGCAGGGGGAAAUAUCAGGCGAGUGCACCGCGGUUGCACUUCAGUUUGUGUAACAGUCACCAACUUGAGCACCGACUACAUAAAGUAUACUUAUUGUUGCCAAACAGAUUACUGUAAUAAAAAUAAUAUCUGGCAGCUUUACUAAGCUUAGCUUCUCUGUUCCUCCGUUUUCUGGCAACUUAAUGUCUGCAUCCUUCAGUCCUUUGGGAUUUUUUUUUUGGUUUUUUAAAAUAUUCAAACGGUAAAAAAAGGUAAAGGUACCCCUGCUCGUACGGGCCAGUCGUGACCGACUCUAGGGUUGCGCGCUCAUCUCGCUCAAGAGGCCGGGAGCCGGCGCCGUCCAAAGACACUUCCGGGUCACGUGGCCAGGGUGACGAAGCUGCAACUGGCGAGCCAGCACCAGUGCCGCACACGGAAACGCCGUUCACCUUCCCGCCGGAGCGGUACCUAUUUAUCUACUUGCACUUAGGGGUGCUUUCAAACUGCUAGGUGGGCAGGAGCUGGGACCGAACGACGGGAGCUCAUCCAGCCGCGGGGAUUCGAACCGCCAACCUUACGAUCAGCAAGUCCUAGGCACUGAGGUUUUACCCACAGCACCACCCGCGUCCCUAACUAAAUGGUAACUUUUAUUAAAAACAAUGUGGAAACAAUUUUAUGGGAUUUGGAUAAAAAGGUUAUUCCUGCUGCUUCGUUCCCUGAUCAAACCUUUUAAUAAUGAUUUUACAAGAGCUAUUUAUGCAAUUAUUAUUUGCAGGUUUCAGUGUUAACUCCAUAGUGCUCCCCUCCCCUCCAGUUCUCUUAGAUUGUGUCAAAACCCUACCUUUCGGUUCACCUUGAUUGACAGUGGAUGACAUGGCAUGACUAGGAGCUGAAGUCCUUUGUUGAACAGACAGCAAUAAUAUCUCUGACUGUGCUUUCGUCUGACCAUACUUAAAUGUACAACACUGUGAACUUUUUUGUCUGUAUAAAGAGAGAACACUUGCAAAAUAAAGUAUAUGUUGUCCAAGAGGGGAAGAAAGCAAAUGAGUGUGUUGAGUUGAUUCUCAUUUAUUUCAUAGAAUCAUAGAAUUGUAGAUUUGGAAGGGACCCUGAGGAUCAUCUAGUAGUUCAGCCCCUUGCUAUGCAGGAAUAUGCAGCCAUCCCAAACAGGCAUUGAACCUGCAACCCUGGUGUUAUCAGCACCACACUCUAACCAGCUGAGCUAUCCAUUUUAUUUUAUGUGCUUACUUACAGCAUUUUUACCCUGUCGUUCAGGCAAAAAGGCUCUCAGAAGGGAUUACAAAAAUAAGCUCUAAAAUAGUCUGUGUUACAGGCCCCUUGGCCCCUUUCCCAUCAAAUCAUACCCAAAGUGGAUUAUAGUGUUUUUAAAGUAUAUACAGGGUUGAGUGUAAAGGCAAAAUUGUGCUAAGUCAGAACAACCCCUGGAUCCUCUCCUGCCAUCCAAGAUCUCAUGAGAGCCUCCAGAGAUCUUGUGGUAGCCUCCAGAGCCCAGGAGGAGAACAGGCCUUCUCUGCAGUGGCUCCCCAUCUGUGGAAUGCUCUCCCCAGGGAAGUUCGCUUGGCGCCUUCAUUAUACGCCUUUAGGCACCAGGCAAAAAUGUUCCUUUUUAACCAGGCCUUUUGUUGAUUUGAUUGACAUCCAACACCCUUUUAGAAUGAGGUUCUUUUUUUGGGGGGGGGGAGUGUUAUUCGGUUGUUGUUUUUAUUUUGAUUAUGUAUAUUGUGGUUUUAUAAUUUGAUUUUGUUCUAUGAACCGCCCUGAGAUCUCCGGGUAUGGGAUAUUGCUGGGGAGACGGGGGCAUCAGGAAGGCCCCCAGCUGGCUCCAGCCACCGGCCGGCAGCCGGGCGAUCACCUUGGAACAGUAUCCUUUGGAACAGCGAUCCCUUGGAACAGCAUCAAUCAGCGACACGAGCCUCAGAUACGUUUAGAAGCUGUGCCUGCUCUAUCAGCAGAGUGAAUAAAUCUUAUCACAACAGAAGUGGCGGACAGAAUCGUGUGUAAGCAUAUUUACAGCAUUUAUUCAGCAUAGUUCAGGAGCAAAGGAAAAAACAUGUCUGCUUCCCUUUGUGUCCAGCUAAACAGCAAAGCAAAAGCAAUAUACAAAACGGAAGUUCCCAGCAGACUGUGCUGGAAAUGUAAACAGGCAUGUGACACACAAUAGUCAUGCCUGUACCCUUUUAAGGUGGAACGGAACUAUAUCCUAACAUAUAAAUCCAAUAAAAAUAAAUAAAUAAGCAAGCGUCUCCCGCCUCUUUUCUAUUUAUUUAUUUAUUGGCAAUCCAUGUAAAGCUGCGAUUGCAUGAGUCAAACCAGUGUAAGUUGCGAUCCCACUGCAGUAAUGCAAUUCAAUUAAACAUAUCAGAAAAGAAAAAACCAAAUGAUAUAGUGGGGCCUUCAAAAGAGACAACAACAAGAAGUAGCCCAUCAGCUGCAACAAUGGCAAAACCCCUUUCCCUUGAAACAAUUCGGGAGAGGGUUGCAUCAUUGCCCUUAAAAAAGGCACUGACAUGACCAUACCUCAUUCUCCACCCAGCGUGGGGAUUUGGCGUUGCUCUUUCAGUCUGCACCUAGAAGAAGAAGAAGAGUUUGGAUUUGAUAUCCUGCUUUAUCACUAACCUAGGGAGUCUCAAAGCAGCUAACAAUCUCCUUUCCCUUCCUCCACCACAACAAACACUCUGUGAGGUGAGUGAGGUUGAGAGACUUCAGAGAAGUGUGACUAGCCCAAGGUCACCCAGCAGCUGCAUGUGGAGGAGCGGGGAAGUGAACCCGGUUCACCAGAUUACGAGUCCACCGCUCUUAACCACUACACCACACCUACGCCCUGCAGUGUGACACAACACUACAGCUGUAUGUGGGAUUGUUGACCUAGCAAAGGGCUACCUUUGUACUAAUUGCCCCACCAAUACUGCAACCCAGCAGAGAAGAUGCCAUUAUUUAGUCAGCAUUUCCAGAUGUGUAUUAAUUAAUUAAUUAAAUUUCUAUACUGCUAGGGCAGGAUCCCAGGGCACUUUACAAUAUAAAAACAGAGAUUUUUAUGGCUUCGGUGGGUGAACCGAACCUGCAACCCAUGGUGUUCAGCUGCCUACGAGCAUUGAUAUUAUGAAUGCCUACCUGCCUACGUAGGCUCAGCAUGAUCUAAGAGGAACAUCAACUACUGUGCUCCCAUCGCUGUGUGCUGGGAGUGGGAGAAGAAGCUAGAGAACCUCUAGCUUGUUGGCACAGCUGAUUCCUAUCCUAUUUUAAAUCAGUUUGUGAUGGGGCAUUCCUGUGCUCUUUCUUGGUUUACUGCUUCAGAGCUCUCCUGGAAAUCCCAUUAAGAGAGCUGCUGAAAGGAAGGUAGGGAGGCAGGCAGGCAAAAUCCUGAGUGCAUCAAGCACACACUUUGAACAGCACUGUGCUAUCCCUUGCAUGUUCCAGCUCCGAGAUCAUCCCCAGGCUAGUUAAGGAUUGACCGUCCCAGGAGGUAAUUAGUCAGCUGGAUUUGCUAAACGUGACCCACAAUCCCCUGUUUAUUUUGUUUUACUCUCUGUCUUAUUUUUCAAUUGACGGAGAUCAUCAUCUUGAAGGGAGGGAGAUUCAGGGCAGCCAGGUGGAAGCACUUAUUCACAGGGUGAUAACCUCCAUCUAAGCUGGUGGCCAAGGCUUUAAAUGGAUGCUAGUUGUGAUGGCUAUAAGCAGCCUCUAAGAUGCAGGCAGCAUGUCCUUGAGGGCAACCACCUCUCUUGCUUGUGGGCUUCCUGGAAGCAUCAUUCUGGCCACUGUGCGAAGCAGGAGCUUGGACUAGACAGACCUUCAAUAUGAUCCAACAAAGGCUUUCCUUCUGUUCUCAUAAUCCAACUAGGAAGACCUUACUCAUCAUUUAAAACAACGGCAAGCGAUGUCAGCAACCCAACAGGUGAAGAUGAACAAGUUUCUGGUUAGGGGGCUAUGGAUGUUUCUCAGCUUUUCCACUGGUAAGUUGAAAACUGGAAAGAGUUUCCAGUCUCGGAGCAAGAUCAUAACAACUUGUAAAUCCUGUGUUAGGCUUAACUAAAAUUUUGUGUUUCCUGCUUCUGCUAUACAGUCAUACCUCAGGUUACAGCUGCUUCAGGUUGCGUUUUUUUGGGUUGUGGACCGCUGAAACCCAGAAGUACUGGAAAGGGGUUAGUUCCGGGUUUUGGCAGUUGUGCAUGCACAGAAGUGCUAAAUUGUGCUUUGCUCAUUGGGUUGCGAAUGCUGCGGGUUGCGAACGUGCAUCCUGCACGGAUCACGUUCACAACCCAAGUGUCCACUGUAUGAGCAUAAGGUUGACUUUUCUUUUUUUAAUAGGGUCUCUUUGCUCCCUGCCCGCCACUGACAACAUCCACAUGCAUUCCACCAAUGACAUGGAUGGGAUGGAAGAAUCUGUCAGUUACAGGAACCAUCCACACUCAAGCAGUAUCAUCCCACUUUAAAUAGCCAUGGCUUCCCCCCAAAGAAUCUUGGGAACUGUAGUGUCUGAGAGUUGUUAGGAGGCUUGAAUUCUUCUCAGAGCUACACUUCCCAGGCAAUCCCAAUUGGAGUCUGUUGGGUUGGGAAGCACUGUACAUUUUUUGAAGGGCCUUGGCAUUCUUCCCCAUCACCUAUCUCAGGUUUGAACCUGGGUCUCAUACUUCACUCUACCAAAUGGUGCUUAAAAAAAACAAAACUCUGUUACAAACAGAUUUCAACAAAAAAAACUGUACGAUAAGUCCUCUGCGUUGAUUUCUUGUCUCUCCAUUUUUCUCUUCUCUCUCCUAUUUCUGUUCCUCUAACUCUUUUGCCUGAAGGAGCAUCUCCACCCCCAUCGUUCUGCCUGGACACUGAGGUCCAGCGCCAAGGGCCUUCUGGCGGUUCCCUCACUGCGAGAAUCGAAGUUACAGGGAACCAGGCAGAGGGCCUUCUCUGUAGUGCCGCCCACCCUGUGGAAUGUCAAAGAAAUAAACAACUAUCUGACUUUUAGAAGACAUCUGAAGGCAAUCCAGUUUAGGGAAGCUUUUAAUAUUCAUGGAUUAUUGUAUUUUAAUAUUUAGCUGGAAGCCACCCAGAGUGGCUGGGGAAACCCAGCCAGAUGGGCGGGGUAUAAAUAAUAAUAAACAACAACAAUAAUAAUAAUUACUAUUUGCAGCAAAUGCCAUGUGGUGCUACUCUUGUGACAAGCCGAUCCCAAUGUUGCCUUGUCCCGAGGGAGAAGAAAUGUGUUGGGCUGGGCAGGGAGCGGCAUGCUUCACAAGCAACGUUUACAUUGGUAAGACUGCAAGGAAAAGCACGGCUGGGUUGACUUAGCAGGGAAAGGGCACAAUGUUCAGCCUGAGGGAUCCAGCCGCUAGUAGGGCCAGUGGCAAAAGUGGGCAGAACAACAAAUGUGAUUCAUACAUUUUGUGCCACACAAAAGCUGAAGGCAUCUACACGCAUCUCUAUCAGGGCAAAGAAGCAGCACUGUGACAGUCCAAGGACGUACAGUAUUCUGGCCAGCCAAAAGUACUUAUGGGGGGUGGUGGUCGAGCAGGACUAGCAAGGGGCGUGGCCUGGGGAGAGGGGGUGUGGCUUAGGGGAGCCCCUAGCCCUGAGGUUCCCCACCCCUGCCUUCCCAUGAGGGUGCUUCCAAAUGGGUCUCAGUGAAAAUACCUUUGCUCUCAGCAAGCCUCCCUUGUGGUUCUGAAGGAUUCACAAAAGCUGGUUAUGUCCCAGAAGUUCUCUCCACCUCUAGAGAAGUUGGAGUGAAACCAACAUUUGACUGAUUUGAAUACCAAGGAGGGGGAUUCCAGUUUGUAGCACCUUUCCGUGCAAUCCUAUACAUGCAUGAACAGAAGUAAUUCUCGCUGAGGUUAAUAGGACUUACUCCUAUGUGAGUGGGUGUAGGAUUACAGCUUUUGUCUCCUCUUUUGGCUGUAUUGACAUUAUGAAACCUAAGUGGUUUAACAAUCAAUUCCCUCCCUCAAGAGUAGAGAUACAUUUUCUCCCCAGCAUCAAAGCUCAAGUACACCCUAUAUCCACAUUAGUUUACCGGGUUGUUGUUUUUUAAAAGACCUCGCAAAAGUGUGUUGCAUUUCAAUAUGCCAGCAAUUACUCCUAAAACAAUGCAUUUUUUGCACAUUGCUGUCAACAAUAUAUGCCUGUUUCAGGCAUGCUUCUCUGCAAGAUAUACCUUUUUGUACACAUUCCCCACCCCACCCCUGAGAAUGGCAACACAACAUUCAGAAAAGUGCAAAUUUUGAAGGAUAGCUAGGUUUCAGGUCACAUAUUGUUUCAGGAAGUGGAAACUGAUAUGAUUUUCUCACCAUCCCUACCCAAGGUUCACUGAAAACUGGAGCUAGCAGAUUUCUCUUUUCCUCAGGAUUCUUCUUGGAUAAUGAUCAGGGCCAACCCUACCAUUAGGCAGUGAAGUGCUCACCUCAGGCCAUAGAUGCUAGAAGGCAAAGCAAUAACCUUACACUCCUGCCCCGUAUCACUUAAGCAAACAUAAGUCAGCUGGAACAUAGGAAGCUUCCUCAUGCUGAAGUCAGACCAUUGGCUCAGUAUUGUCUACAUCAGCCUUUCUCAACCUUGGGUUCCCAGAUGUUGUUGGACUACAAUGCCCAUCAUCCCUGACCAUUGGUCUUGCUAGCUAGGAAUGAUGGGAGUUGUAGUCCAUCAACAUCUGGGGUCCCACAGUUGGGAAAGGCUCCGCUUCACAGAUUGUCAGUGGCCACACAGUAGGUCUAAUGGGAGCCUCAAAUGUUUAUGCACUGAGCUCUUCUAUUCAAGAGGGAACCUCUUCAGAGUAGACCCCCUUUCAGAUCCAUGCUGAACUGUGGCCACCAGAGAGACCUGAUGGGCAGUCAGGUCGGAACAGAGAAGGCAUGCUUAGAAAGUAUCUUAUUGCUCUCCUCCCUCAUGCACGUUAAUUGAACCUGUUUGUGUUGUGUGUGGACAUCUUCUGAAAAGGGAUUUGGUCACUCAAAAGUGUAACUGGAUGCUCAGAGAGAAAGGAUGGAAGUUUGGGAAUCCUCUAAAUUGAUAAUCAUUACAUCUAAGUAUGUUGUGUCCCUUCCCCUUCAUUCUGUAAACUGAUAUAGACCACAAAGGCUCUUGGGAUAUAUCCCAACUUUCUUGAAAACUUCUUCAGAUAUUUUCCCUCUUCCAUUUUUGUUCAAAUUCCUGCUCAAUUUUAAUCAUCUGCGAGCUUGUGUCAAUGAAAAUUCCAGCACAGAACUAGAGCUCAUUCUGUUGAGGUACCUGCUGUGAGCAUAUGUGUAAAAUACAAAGUUCUGCUAAAUGAGAUCUCAGGCUAUAAAGAAAGAUCAGCAGCUAAUAAAGAUUGCCCCUUAUAUCACACAAGGUCCCUUAUGUUCUCUCUCUUUUGGUUUCCAGGAAACAGCAUGGUCAUUUCUGACGUUGGUUGCGUCCAGAAUUGUCAAAAUUCCAAAUCAGAGGAUCUUUUCAUGUGGAAUGAGUUCAUUUGCUGUCACAGCGAAUAUUGCAAUAAAUAGGCUAGCGUAGCUUAGAGCAGCCACAACCUCAGUGUCAAGACAUCAGAAGCAACGUGCUCUUGUCACUCAGGUUUUCCCCUUCUCCCACCUUGUUGCUCUUCUGAGAAAUUGGAGGACAGAUUUCAGCAUGGCCCCCUUUCCCAAUCUGCAGCUGCCACCAUCAGCCAUAAUGCUAAUUUCUUCCCUUCUUCCAUGUGCUGUGCUAACAGAACCAGAGAGGUCUUUGGAGUCAGGUGAGAGUCUAUGAAGGAAGCUUUCCAGUUUUCCUCCCACCGAUACUCUAUCUGGAUAAUCUCCCCAUAUGGUUCCUUCUGUGCGUGAGCAAGAGUAGCUGGCCUUUUUAGAAAUCGAUUGCUCUUCUUUUAUUUUGGCUCCUUGCUCCCCACCCUAUCCCAGGAAGGGUGCUUUUAAGGCAGAUAACUAGCUGCUACUAUAAAACUGCCCUGUCCUUCUGGCCCCAUCAACCUUUCAACUUAUUCUAGGAUGCUGAGAUCAGACUUCAAGGUCCAGCUCUUGAGAUGGUUCCAGUGGCUAUACAGUACAGUCGUACCUCAGAAGAAGAAGAAGAAGAAGAAGAAGAGGAGGAGGAGUCUGGAUUUGAUAUCCCGCUUUAUCACUACCCGAAGGAGUCUCAAAGUGGCUAACAUUCUCCUUUCCCUUCCUCCCCCACAACAAACACUCUGUGAGGUGAGUGGGGCUGAGAGACUUCAGAGAAGUGUGACUAGCCCAAGGUCACCCAGCAGCUGCAUGUGGAGGAGCGGAGACGCGAACCCAGUUCACCAGAUUACGAGUCUACCUCUCUUAACCACUACACCACACUGGCUCUCAAGUCGAAGGGAAUCCAUUCUGGAAGUCCGUUCGACUUCCAAAAUCUUCGGAAACCAAAGCGCGGCUUCCAAUUGGCUGCAGGAAGCUCCUGCAGCCAAUUGGAAGCCAUGGAAGCCCUGUCGGACAUUUGGGUUACAAAGAACGUUUGCAAACUAGAACACUCACUUCUGGGUUUGCGGCAUUCGGGAGCCAAAACGUUUGACUCACAAGGCAUUCAACUCGCAAGGUAGGAAUUUAUGUUGUCAUCCAUAUGUAGAAAAGUACUUGGGGUGGGCGGAAGUUCAGCAGAAAUGAAAACUUGGAGUGUUUUGCCCACCUGAUCCUCUUUGAAUUGCAUUUAUUUGACUGAAUUAAUAGCUCCAAAGGCUGUUCUGUAUUAAAGCACAGGAAACACUGAGCAGAAAGAUACAACUGGCAGCGUGUCAUUUGAAACUUCCGCAACUUGCUUCUGUCUCUGGCAAGAAAUGGCUUUGAUUAAAACCAACCAAACUUCAUCUGAACUACCAAAAGUGUGCUGUGUGUGUUCUUUCAUUAACUAACGAAUACAGGAAACUAAUAUAAGCAAACCUGAGCAUACGAUGUCAUUUCAUGCAAUCCCAUUGUCCGAGUGGCGAGAGACUCCAAGCAUGCCAGCACUUACCCAGUGUUUGGUUUCUUUGGAAUGAAGGUCAAUGGAGUCUGUGGUAUCUUUAGGAUAUAUGAUUUUAUAUACACAUAGAUACAACCUGAGUAGAGGAUGAAGGGACUCCCAGCCUUAACAUCACAACAGAUCUGACUUCCCCGUUAGGUUUCCAUGGAAGCCCCAGGUCCAGCCGAGAGCAAGAUACAUCCCUGUGCCCAGCUUCCAGCAUCUCAAAGCACAACUCUCACAUAGCCCUUGUUGGCCUAUUGUUCUCCAUCCUAGGAUGACAUGGCAUCCAGCUGGGUGUGGCAGGAAAGGCCAACCCAUUUGUCUCUAUGGCAACAGAGCUCACUAUUUUAAGAUGCAAAUGGUGGGCAUUUAACUCGCCCACAUUUCUGCUUGUCCUUCUACUUUCCUCUGGGAAAGCCCACUGUUUGCUGCUGAAUGUGAAAGGAAUGUAAACCAGGGUGUGUGUUUUUCCCUGAUUCUGUGAUCAACAGUUGAUUUUCUUACAGAAAGUGGUGGGACAAAUGGAAAAAAUGCUCAGUCCUGUGCCUAGAAAGUGUUGUAAACCCCUCGGACUAGUGUUUUCUAGGAAUAGGACAAGCAGAAGUGUAGGUGUCUAAGGUAGAGGUUUUCAAUCUUUUUGAGUCCAGGGCUCCCUUGACCAACUACAUUCCUCCUGCAGCUCCCCUGUGGGGCUCAGGAGCCCAGUUAUAUCACCCCUUGUCUGCAGAGCUGGCAGCCCCUCACCCCUUUAUGGACACCCUCCCUUGUGGAAUGUUCCCUCAGGCUCCUCUCCUCUCCCCUCUCCUUGGGAGUCCUCUGGGCAGCUGCUGCCACCUCCCCUAGUUUCUGAGCUGCCACCCCCCUGCCCCAAAGAGAGAUGCCUCCUUACACUGCCCAACAGGGGCCCGGGAAGAGGAUGCCCCCAGCCUUAGUGGCCCAAUGAAGACUGGGCCAAGGUGAAUGUGAGGCCAGCACCUUACUCACCUUGGGAGGCAGCAGUGGGCACUGCUGUGCCUGCUUGAUGGAAAUGCUUCCCUUUGGUGCCAGGCACUCAGCUCCCAGGUAGGCAUUGCACACAGCAAGCCCAAGAAAGGCCAGCAUGGUGCCUGCCUGCCUGGUCUCCCACUUGUCUGGACUUUCCCAACAGCAAGGGCUGGCGGACUGACUGGCUGGGCUCCCUCACCCACUUGCUUGCUUACCACGAGGGCACCUCAGGUCCUGGCAGCCAGUACCCCCUGGCUAGCCCCAGAAGAACCAUUCGCCUGGGGAGCUUGUAGCUAGGGCUGCUGCAAGAAACAACCUCCUUUGCGAGGCAGAGACAUGAGAGAGCAUCAGAGGAGGAAGGGAAGAAAUGAGGGACUGAGGCCAGUGUUGCCUGUGGCACCCCUGACCAUCAUUCAAGGCACCCCAGGGUGCCACGGCACACUGGUUCAAAACCACUGGUCUAAGGUCAUUCUCUUGAGAAAGGAACUUGCCUGACUGGUUCAGCCAUCUUCUUCCUAUAGCUUUUAGCUUCCCACACACAGGCUCACAGGUUUUGAAGGGACCCAGGGCAACAUCUGGAUUGCUCCCCACAAACUCAUAACAAUAUAUGAUUCCACCCUCCCCGCCAAGGGCUUCAGGGCAGUUUUAAUGGUCUCUCCUCUUGCUUCAUCUUCACAACAACCCCAGCAAAACGGAAUGCAAAGGUGAGGGAGGAACAGUGACUAAUUCUAGAGUUUAGCUUCACUAUGGAGGCUCACUCCAGAUGUCACCUGGGGGAUCCCUCAUAGACCUGUGAUAAGGAAAACAGGAAGAUGCCUUAUGCCAAGUCAGAACACUGGUCCAUAUAACUCGGUUUGCACUGGAUGUUGGUGGCUCUUCAAAGUGUCAGAUGGGGAACAUGGAGGUGAUGGGAAUUCUGCCUGGGAUGUUCUACAUGCAAAACAGAUGCUCUAUCAUGGAUAUACAGUUCACUGAACUGCAAGAAUUUUCACCCCUCUGCUCCUAAAACUAUUUGGGGGGUUGGGAGUACCAUUUUGGAAGUAAUGGUGCACAAGUUGCCUCCCUCUUGCUGGAGUUGGGUUCUGGUGCUCACAAGAGACACCAUUCUACCACCUGCAUUUUCAGAAAAGUGGCCUUGGUGGGCGAACUCCAGACCACAAUGUUCUUCUGCUCCUGGGGAUUGAUGUUAUCUUUUUCUGCAUUCUUAUGUACUAGGCUCAGCAUGAUCUGUGGGGUGACAUUAUGCUAGGUGCCCAUCACACUGUGCUUGGGAGGAGGAAGUUGAGAACAGCUAAUUCUUAUUCUAGCAUAUUUCAAACCAGUGGUACAUUUACACACUCUCGGUUUGCUGCUUUAGAGGUUUUCCAGAGAUUCAGUAAGAGGGUGCUGAAAAAGAAGGCAUAGUGGACACAGGAGAAAUCUGCAGUUCAUCAGCCUCACAGCUUGGAGGACGCACACUGCACUGCCAGCCUGAAUAUCAUCCUCAGCCCUUGAGGACUGAUUGUCCCACAGACUGUUUAAAGGAGGAGAUAUUUGCUAAGCUUCUUCCAUUAUCACAUUUCUGUUUGUUCCCCAGUUCACAGAGGCCACUAUCUGAACCAACUGGUAGGAUUUCCUCAACAACGAAGAUGAAAAAGCUUCUGGCUUCUGGGAUAUGGAUGCUUCUUUGCUUUUGUACUGGUAAGUCUCUAAAGGACAACCGGAAGAGCAAAAAUAUUUUCAAAUCUCAAGCUACACUCGUGACAUUUUGUAAACCAGCAAUGACAUUUUUCACAUGCAAAAGCUGAGAUGGAUAUUGCAUACCCCAGAUUGCUGAUACAAAUGGUAAGCAGAGAUUUGUUUGUUUGUUUUUCAACAUGGUAUUUGAGUUCUGGCCUCCAUUAAUGAGAUACACAAAGAUUCGAACGCACUUCUGGUUUAUGUCUGUGGACCAGUUUGUAUGAUCAGCAGGAUCGUGUGCUUCCCUGUUCUCUGCUUAGUUGUUGAAAUUGGGGCUGGAGGUAUAUGGUUGUGGUGGCAGGAGGGUUUACGGCUGGGGGCUCACCGAGAUUGACUUUGUUCCUCUUGCUUCCUUCCCUCUUAUUCUCACCUUCUGGGAUAAAUAACUCCUAGCUUUCAUUCCCUCCCUGCAUCUUAUUCAGUUGCCAGCUACUUGUUCCUCCUAUUUACUUUAAGGGGGCAGUGGGAGGGGUACUGCACAUGAUGUUGGGGCCCUGGAAUUUUUCAUCUUCAUCCAUCACAGUUUUGAACCCAGCUCCCCUACUUCACUCUACCCAAUAGCACUUGCUGGUAUGGUGAUAUGUGUGUUUUGCUUUCCUGUUACAAACAGAUUUGAACAAAACACCACGAAACCCUCCUGAAUGAUAAGCCCUCUGCAUUGGUUCUUGUCUCUCCCUCCUUCCAUCCCUCCCCAUUUCUGUUCCACUCACUCUUCUGCAGCAAAUGCCUUUUGGUGUUACUAUUGUGAAAAAAAGCUUCCAGCGACUGCUUGUCCUCCAGAAGCAGAAUUUUGUUGGGCCGGGAUGGGAGCAUCAUGUUCCACACUGAACACUUAUGUCAGUAAGUAUGCAAGUGAGUUGGACUAACCCAGCAGGUUGAGGGAUCCAUUCCCUCAGGAGUAAUGCUUGGGAGUGGAGCUGUGUGCCAGCUGUAAGACCAGAGGCAAAAAGUAGGUAGGACAUCAAAUGAGAAUCUUACCACUUAGCCACACAAAAGCCAAAGGUUUCUACACCUCCACAGCUCUCUCUGUCUGCACAAACAGGAAACAUUCUCACAUUCCAAGGACACAUUCUGGCCAUCCGGGAGAACUUGAGAAGGCUGUGGAGCAGUGGAGCGUGUGGUCUGAGGAGCAGGGAUGCAGCCUGGGGCCAGAGAGAAGAAGAAGAAGAAGAAUUUGGAUUUGAUAUCCUGCCUUUCACUCCCUUUAAGGAGUCUCAAAGCGGCUAACAUUCUCUUUUCCCUUCCUCCCCCACAACAAACACUCUGUGAGGUGAGUGGGGCUGAGAGACUUCAGAGAAGUGUGACUGGCCCAAGGUCACCCAGCAGCUGCAUGUGGAGGAGCAGAGACACGAACCCGGUUCCCCGGAUUACGAGACUACCGCUCUUAACCACUACACCACACUGGCUGAGAGGUCAUUCCCCACCAAUGCACUACAGCAGAGAUGAUUCCAGGUUGGCCUUGGUGAAAAUGCCCUUACUCUGAGCAGCUCCACCGAUUCUGAAGGAUGUAUAGCAGCAGGUCAUGCCUCAGAAGUUAUCUCCACCUUCAGAGGGUUUGUUUUCACUGGCUGUACAAUGUUCUCCCUGAUGAAAUGCAAGGGCAUCCACCCGUAUUGGCAUUCUGCUGGCUCUUGAAGAUGCUGAGCUGUGUCUCUUCCCCAGGAGACUGUGCCAGUACUGAUGGCCUUCAAGCAGCUUUCCCUUUCAAUGUAACACUGCCCUAAAAUGAUUGUUUUUCACGUAUGGAUGAAUGGUGCCUCUUCACUUAUAGAGGAGGAAGGAAAGCCCAUUUGAAUUGGGCCCUACAUCUGCUCCUUGCUCUUGGCGAAGCCACCCAACCUGUUUCUACUUGCUUGACCUCACCCUAGGUACUAUACCUGCUCAGAAGAUCCAACUCACAUGGUCAAUGAAUGCAUGUGGAGGCAAUGGGAAUGUACCCUUUAGCCAUGGCGCAUCAGCAUCAGUGCACCCACAGGCCAUGGCCCCCUAGUGGCCAUGCAGUAGGUUCUUCUAUGCAAGGGGGAACCCUUUCAGAGUAGGUCCUCCUUCAGAUUAAUGCUGGAUUGUGGCCACCAUGGAGGCAUGGCCAGUAGUCAAAACAGAGAAGGCAUGCUUAGCAAGUGUUACCUUUCUCCCCUAUCUUCAUGCACAUUAAUUGAACUUGUUUGUGUGUGCUGGCAUCUACUGAAUGGCGAUUUGGUCACCCAAAAGUGUGACCUGAUGCUCAGAGUGGAUGGAAUUUUGGGAACCCCCCAAAUUGGGACUAUAUUCAUCUAUCUAUUUUGUGUCCUCUCCCCAUUCUUCAUUCUGUAAGACUCAUGGGGUGGGGACACAUCUACUGUACUUCCUUGAUAAUGGGGACUUCUCAGAAAUUUCCCCUUUCCCAUUUUUGUAAAAAAAAUAUCAUUAUUUGUGCGCUUGUUUCAUUGAGCAAAGAAACAGUAUUCAUUUUGUUUAGGAAGCCUAUAAGGCCCCUGUGACUGAGCAUAGAUACAAAAUAUAGUUUGCUCAUUGACAUUUGAGAUCUCAGGGUAUUAAUAAUAAUAAUAAUAAUAAUAAUAAUAAUAAUAAUAAUAAUUUAUUAUUUAUACCCCGCCCAUCUGGCUGGGUUUCCCCAGCCACUCUGGGCGGCUUCCAACUGAAUAUUAAAAACAAUACAGCAUUAGACAUUAAAAACUUCCCUAAAGAGGGCUGCCUUCAGUUGUCUUUUAAAAGUAAAAUAGGUAUUUAUUGCCUUGACAUCUGCUGGGAGGGCAUUCCACAGGGCAGGCGCCACUACCGAGAAGGCCCUCUGCCUGGUUCCCUGUAACCUUACUUCUCGCAAUGAGGGAACUGCCAGAAGGCCCUCGGCGCUGGAUCUCAGUGUCCGGGCUGAACGAUGGGGGUGGAGACGCUCCUUCAGGUAUACAGGACCGAGGCCGUUUAAGCUUCAAGAGAGAUCAGUGAUAACAGAGCAGAGGGUAACGAGUGUUUCAUGCAUUGUACAAGGUCUCUUACAUUCUCUCUCUUUUGGUUUCUAGGGAAUACAAAGAUUGGUUCUGUGGUGGGUUGUACCCAGGACUGUAGGAAUUCACAUUCAGUGACACAUGGUUUAAUACUGGAGGAGGUCAUAUGCUGCCCCACUGAUUACUGCAAUUCCUAA